AUGAGGGAAAUCGUGCAUCUCCAAGCCGGUCAGUGCGGUAACCAGAUUGGAGCUAAGUUCUGGGAGAUCAUCUCCGAUGAGCACGGCAUCGACCCCACCGGUGCCUACCAUGGAGACUCCGACCUGCAGCUGGAGCGCAUCAACGUUUACUACAAUGAGGCCUCCGGUGGCAAGUAUGUCCCCCGCGCCAUCCUCGUCGACCUUGAGCCCGGCACCAUGGACUCGGUGCGCUCGGGACCCUUCGGACAGAUAUUCAGACCUGACAACUUCGUGUUUGGACAGUCCGGCGCCGGCAACAACUGGGCUAAGGGUCACUACACCGAAGGAGCAGAGCUUGUAGAUUCAGUAUUAGACGUCGUUCGCAAAGAAGCAGAGUCAUGCGAUUGUCUACAAGGAUUCCAGCUCACACACUCACUCGGCGGCGGCACCGGUUCCGGUAUGGGCACACUCCUUAUCUCCAAAAUCAGAGAAGAAUACCCCGACAGAAUCAUGAACACAUACUCAGUCGUCCCCUCGCCCAAAGUAUCAGACACUGUCGUCGAACCCUACAAUGCGACUCUCUCAGUCCAUCAGCUCGUAGAAAACACAGACGAAACCUAUUGUAUCGACAACGAGGCCCUUUAUGACAUCUGCUUCCGCACGCUGAAACUGUCCACACCAACCUAUGGCGAUCUUAACCACUUAGUCUCCCUCACCAUGUCCGGCGUCACAACCUGUCUGCGAUUCCCUGGCCAAUUGAAUGCUGAUCUCCGUAAAUUGGCCGUCAACAUGGUUCCUUUCCCACGUCUCCACUUCUUCAUGCCUGGUUUCGCUCCCCUCACAUCCCGUGGAAGCAGACAAUACCGUGCCCUCACAGUACCCGAACUUACCCAACAGAUGUUCGACGCUAAGAACAUGAUGGCGGCUUGUGACCCACGUCACGGCCGCUACCUAACCGUAGCCGCCAUCUUCCGUGGACGUAUGUCCAUGAAGGAGGUGGACGAACAGAUGCUCAACAUCCAGAACAAGAACUCGUCGUACUUCGUAGAAUGGAUCCCCAACAACGUGAAGACCGCCGUGUGCGACAUCCCACCCCGUGGUCUCAAGAUGGCGGCUACGUUCAUUGGCAACUCGACCGCUAUCCAGGAGCUGUUCAAGCGCAUCUCGGAACAGUUCACCGCUAUGUUCAGGCGCAAGGCUUUCUUGCAUUGGUACACCGGCGAGGGCAUGGACGAGAUGGAGUUCACCGAGGCCGAGAGCAACAUGAACGAUCUGGUGUCCGAAUACCAGCAGUACCAGGAGGCUACUGCCGACGAGGACGCAGAGUUCGACGAGGAACAGGAGCAGGAAGUGGACGACCACUAG